UCAACCACAUGGAACCAGGGAAUGAUACACAAAUUUCAGAAUUUCUUCUUCUGGGAUUUUCAGAGGAACCAGAACUGCAAACCUUCCUCUUUGGCCUGUUCCUGUCCAUGUACCUGAUCACUGUGCUUGGAAACCUGAUUAUUAUACUAGCCACAAUCUCAGACUCCCACCUCCACAUGCCCAUGUACUUCUUCCUCUCCAACCUGUCCUUUUCUGACAUCUGUUUCACCUCCACCACCAUCCCAAAGAUGCUGAUUAAUAUACAGACACAGAGCAAAGUCAUAACCUAUGAAGGCUGCAUCACUCAGAUGCACUUUUUCAUACUCUUUCUAGGGUUGGAAGACUUUCUCCUGACUGUGAUGGCCUAUGACCGUUUUGUGGCCAUCUGUCACCCCCUGCACUACACGGUCAUCAUGAACCACUGGGUCUGUGUGUUGCUGGUUCUGGUGUCCUGGAUGAUGAGUGUCCUGCAUUCUCUCUUACAAAGCUUCAUGGUGUUGCUUCUGUCCUUCUGUACAGACUUGAAAAUCCCCCACUUCUUCUGUGAACUUAAUCAGGUGGUCCAUCUUGCCUGUUCUGACACCUUUCUUAAUGACCUGGUGAUAUAUUUUGCAGCAGGGCUGCUGGGUGGUGGAACCCUCUGUGGGAUUCUUUACUCUUAUUCCAAGAUAGUUUCCACCAUUCGUGGAAUCUCAUCAGCUCAGGGGAAGUAUAAAGCAUUUUCCACCUGUGCAUCUCACCUCUCGGUUGUCUCCUUAUUUUAUGGUACAGGCCUAGGAGUGUACCUUAGUUCUGCUGCUGCACAGAACUCACACUCAAGUGCUACAGCCUCAGUGAUGUACACUGUGGUCACACCCAUGCUGAACCCCUUCAUCUACAGUCUGAGGAAUAAAGACAUAAAGAGGGCUCUGAGGAGAUUCUUCAGAGGAAGCCAAUGAAAGAACC